GGACAUCAGGUAUGAGCAGAAGGAGAAUGGAAAAUGUAUCCUCUGUUAGCAGGCACUUUGUCCUCCUUGGACUUGUGGAGAUGGAAGAUCUGAGAUAUCUCUACUGCAUUCUCUCCCUGUUCCUAUACGUAUUUAUACUGCUCUUGAGCUUGGGGAUUGUGCUUGUGGUUCUGACAGAAGAAAGCCUCCAUGAGCCCAUGUACAUAUUCAUAUGUAAUCUUACCUUCAACGGGAUGUUGGGGAGCAGCUCUUUCUUCCCCAAGCUGAUCAUUGACUUGUUGACUUCGUCCCAUCAGAUCUCACACGUUGGCUGCUUUCUGCAACUUCUUGGGCUCAUAACGUACGCCAUUUUUGAGAUAUCCUCAUUCACACUCAUGGCCUAUGACAGGUAUCUGGCUGUGUGUGACCCCUUACGAUAUGCCACCAACAUGACCAACGCAAAAGCCGUUAGACUCAUUGUAGGUUUCUUUGCUUUCUCCUUCUUCUCUGUCUUAGUUACUGUGAUUUUAUCUGCGAGACUUUCUUACUGUGGGACACAAAUCAAAAACAUUUUUUGUGAAAACCUUUCCCUCAUUGUCCUGUCCUGUGGGGAUUCCUCUGUCAAUAGUCUCUAUGGGAUCUUAUCGACUGUAAUUUUCUUGGUUUUCACGUUACUGAUUAUCGCUUAUUCCUACAUUAAUAUCUUUAUGGUCUGUCUGAGGAUUUCCAAGGAAGCCUGUGAGAAAGCCAUUCACACUGUGGUCACCCACUUCCUUGGCUUCUCCAUCUUCUUGGUUGGGGGGCUGUUUAUUUUUGUAAGAUUCCGACUGGGGAACAACAAUCUCCCCCUUUUUGCCCACAUUCUGCUCUCUGUAACUUUUAUAGUUUUUCCUCCUCUUUUUAACCCCCUGAUAUACGGAAUAAGGACUAAAGCACUAAGGGUAAAAAUCUUUCAUCACCUGCACAAAAUCAGUAUUUUCGCCGCUCUAUGAACAAUAAAGGUGAGACCUUAUUAUAUUAUAUUAUAUUAUAUAUAUAUAUAUAAAAUCUAGUGAAUAUUGGUGCAC